AUGCAAUCGUGCCGAAUCACAAACGCCCUGCGGUCCAAGAGCGCGGCAACAAAGGAGGAGACAAGGCCCACUAAAAAGUCCCCGAAGCCCCCGCAGUGCCCCGCCUGGUCGAACCUGGUGGUAGCGGUGGUGGGGAAUUUGCAAGAGAGUGCAAUCGACGGGAGGAGUGGGAGACGAGGGAGGAGGGAGGAGGAGGAGGAGGAGGAGGAGGAGGAGGAGGAGGAGGAGGAGGAGGAGGAGGAGGAGGAGGAGGAGAGGGAGGGGGAGUGUAGGCGGCGGCACUAG